GCGGCGCCGCAGGGCGGCGGCGAGGCGGGCGGGGGCGCCCACGGCGGCUGGCUGGCGGUCGUCGAGCAGACCGUGUGCGCGCAGCGGGGCGACGUCCAGCGGGUGUUGCGGCUGGCCAGGGAGGGCCUCGGCCUGCCAGUGUUCCGGAACGGGCGCCAUUCGUCGCGCGUGGCCAGGGAGGAGGAGCUGGCGUUGCGGUUCGGGGCGGCGCCGGGGCCGGACGGCCGCUGCGGCGAGGUGUUGCUGGGGCGCUGGGUGCCCGAGCUCGGCACGGGCCCGCCCAGCGGCGGCUUCGAGAGGGUGCGCUUCACGGAGGUGGGCGGGUGGCCGGACCCGCUCGUCCAGCCGCUGCUCGUGGCCGCGGAGUGGAACCCCUCCCUUGCGCUGGAGCAGCUGGCAAGGCGCCUGGUCUUCCACGCCACCGGCGUGCGCCUGAGCUGGCGGUGCGCGCCCCUGGAGCCGCCAGGCUGGCAGCCCACCCUCGACGAGGAGGACGCCCACGAGGCGGACGUUUUCUUCCUACAGGGCUGCACUUGCGAGCCAGAGGCGGCCCAGCCGCCGCGCUUCCGCCGCCACCGGCUCCGUCCAGAGCAGCUCAGGUCCCUCCGCUGGAUGCUGGACAGAGAGGCCCAGCCCACGGCCUUCGAGACGGAGGUGCGGGACCGCACUGUCCCCGGGGUCAGGUGGGAGGACCAGCCGGGUAACCGCUCGCUCUGGCAGUACACUCGUGAGCGCGACUACUGGAAGUGCUUCGAGGAGCGGAGUGGGUUCGCAUGGUGCUACGAAACCUGUUUGAAGGCCACAUUCACGAUCAGCGGUGGCGUCUUGGGAGACAGCAUCGGCUCUGGCAAGACUGCCACGCUCAUCGGACUCCUGGACAGCCAGCGUGCCCAGAGGGGUCCGUCCCCAGUGCCUCCGCCCGAGGCGAGCCAUCUGAUUCCGAACCCGGCGACCCUCAUCCUGGUGCCCUCCAAUCGGUUGGUUGGAUUCCUCGGCCCAGAUGCCUUCAAGUUCGUGAUCGUGCGCACCAUCUCUGACCUCAAGCGCCUCACUGUGCAUGACCUUCUGGGCUGUGAGGUGGUGUUGACCACGUACAAGCUCUUUUACUCGACGGGCUACAUCGAUCGGUUGAAGUCUCUCCAGUGCACUCGCAGUAACCGGCUGCACGAGCGCUCAUUCUACGGCAUGGCGAUUGAGCACACCUUGCGAGAGGUCGAGAAGGCCGAGGCCGCCGUGCUGUCCCAGGGCGCCAACCAGGUCGGCUGGGUGAUGCGCUCCAAGACGCAGAACGAAAUGGCGGAGACCACGCCGGCCGCAGAAGACCACGCCGACCAGCUCACUCCCGAGCAGGUGCGAAAGCGCAUCCGCCUGCUCGGGGCCUGUGACCGCUGGCAGGACCUGCGCUGCCCCCCCCUGGAGCUGUUCUUCUGGCACAGGGUCGUCUUCGACGAGUUCCACGAGCUUGAGGCGAUGGAUACGCGCAGGUUCACCAUGCUGCAGAACCUGCGGUGCCGCCACCGGUGGGGCCUAACUGGCACCCCGCCGAGGCGGGACAAGUUACAGGUCGCCAACCUCGCCAGCAUCAUGCGGGUGCACAUCCCAGAGGACCCUGUUCUGUGCCAGCAGUUCUCGGGCGGACGGCAACAGGGGGGAGUGCAACUGCGGGGGACCUGAUGGCGUGCUCUACCAGCACCUUUUGGACG